UGAAAAGACUGGAUCAGGGACAUGAUCGUGUAGAACAUAAAAGCCGCCCACGUAUCCCGGGAUCCCGGAGGACGCGCCGCGACGGAGAAACAGCCGGGUGCGUGGAGCGCCGGCCACGCCAGUCCGGGGGGCAAGUUCCUCCGUUUCAAUCUGGGAAGUCUUUAAAUGAAACUUGCUUUAAAACCUUAGAUCAUACGUAGACUAGAGACCUCAAUCAACAAUAAGGUGGAAAAGAAUGAUGUUGUCCUUAAACAACCUGCAGAAUGUCAUCUAUAACCCGGUCAUCCCCUAUGUCGGGACGAUUCCCGAGCAGCUGGAGCAUGGAACCCUGAUUGUGAUCCGGGGGCAUGUCCCUUGUGAUUCGGACAGAUUCCAAGUGGACCUGCAGUGCGGCAGCAGCGUGAAGCCCCGCGCCGACGUGGCCUUUCAUUUCAAUCCACGCUUCAAGUGGUCUGACUGCAUUGUCUGCAAUACUCUGAAAAAUGAAAAGUGGGGAUGGGAAGAGAUCACCUACGACAUGCCUUUCAAAAAAGAAAAAUCUUUCGAAAUUGUGAUUAUGGUGUUGAAAGACAAAUUCCAGGUGGCUGUAAAUGGGAAACAUAUCCUGCUCUACGCCCACAGGAUUAGCCCAGGGAAGAUAGACACUCUGGGCAUUUAUGGCAAAGUGAAUAUCCAUUCGGUUGGUUUUAGCUUCAGCUCGGAUUUAAGAAGUACCCAGCCGUCAACUUUGGAACUGACAGAGAUAAGUAAAGAAAAUGUACAGAAGUCUGGCACAUCACAGUUUCCUAGUAAUAGAGAAGGAGACAUUUCUAAAAUCGAACCCAGAACUGUCUACACCAAGAGCAAAGGUUCGACUGCCAAUCACAGUUUGACUUGCGCCACCUGUUUGUCAAAGACUCUGCCAUUCGUUGCGAGGCUGAACUCCUCAAUGGGCCCUGGACGAACUGUCGUCAUUAAAGGAGAAGUGAAUACAAAUGCCAAAGGCUUUAAUGUUGACCUAAUAUCAGGAAAAUCCAAGGAUAUUGCUCUCCACUUGAACCCACGCCUGAAUAUUAAAGCAUUUGUAAGAAAUUCUUUUCUUCAGGAGUCCUGGGGAGAAGAAGAGAGAAAUAUUACCUGUUUCCCAUUUAGUCCUGGGAUGUACUUUGAGAUGAUAAUUUACUGUGAUGUUAGAGAAUUCAAGGUUGCCAUAAAUGGUGUGCACAGCCUGGAGUACAAGCACAGAUUUAAAGAGCUUAGCAAUAUCGACACGCUGGAAAUCGAUGGAGAUAUUCACUUACUGGAAGUCAGAAGUUGGUAGCUGACAUGCUUGCUACAAAAACUGAAAUACAAAAUGGCUUAUGUAACACUGGCCUCGUUAAAGUGCAUCUAUUAUUAUAUUGUUUAUAUAUAUUGUUUAAAUGAGCUUGCAUAACAAAGUCCUCCUAGGUGUUCAGUCUUGCCAUGCAGUGUGGCUCUGUGUAGCCACAGCGUAAGGAAAUUCAAGCAAGAGCAACUUCCAGCCAUUAUUCAGGCCUUUCUGCUCUCUCCCCCACCCUGGUCUCCUUUUUAAACGCGAUUCAGCUUCAACAAGUAUCUAGUAAUAUAGUAGCUAACACACAUCGAGUACUUAUUUUCCGCCAGCACUGUACCAGAGGCUGGGGAUAUAUGUAUACAAUGGAACAUAAUACUGCUUUGGCCCCUGUUCUCUUGAGCUCAGAAUCUUCUGUGCUCUGCUACUGUGCCACCGAUUGUUCUAUAGGCGUUAACUGUGUGAAGUAACCAGAGACUGAAAAGAGUUACUCAGCUAUUAAGUCACCUAGACGUUAAUUUCCAAGACACUGUUCCUACUCCAGAGACUGCUUUCCUAACCAGAGUUCGAUCCUAUCCCGUAACUGAAAGAAUUGAUGUUGCCCUUACAUCUGGCAAUUUCCUUUAACAUGAUAAAUAUCUAGCUCUACUAGCUCUAAGCACUGCCGAAUACUUAACACUAUGAAAUCACAGCACAAAGAUUAAGUCAAAUAACGGUGAAACAAAAACAAAUGGCAUGAAAAAUAACUUGAUGUCCAUCUCAAGGCCACUCAUGUCUGUACCAGUAAACGCUUACAGUACUCGCAUUAGGGUGAGUCAGAGGUCUACACACACUGCAGUAAAAAGUUUAAGGUAGAUGAUUGCAAUUUGUAAAACGUUUAUGGGUGUAACAAUGCAACUGUCAAGAUUAGAUUUAAUGACUGUUCAUAAAAUAGGCACCAUCAGAAAAUAAAAUACACCGAGACCAAUGAAGUAGAGAGUGGUGGUAUAAAACUGUUGCUUGUCUGCAUGCAAACAGACUUCACCUCUCUGCUCUUCUAAAGAUUAGUCCCUCGUCAUUAAGGAGCGAGAUCAAAACAUUGUUAUACUUUAAGUGAUUAAAAUCAAACCUGUAUCAGCAAGUUAAA